CAAAUCGCCCGUUUUUAUUUAUUUAUCUUUUCAUUUAUUUUUAUCUAACAAAAUGAGUAACAGGGAUUCCCAUAACAUGCGUGUUCUUGGGAAAGACCUGUUCGACAAAGUUUCCCAAAGUAACAUUCUUCUAAUUGGUGCCGGUGGCAUUGGUUGUGAGUUACUCAAGGACUUGGUAAUGACAGGGUUUAAAAAUAUCAAAGUUAUUGACUUGGAUACGAUUGAUAUUUCCAACUUAAACCGACAAUUCUUAUUUCAAAGGAAACAUGUGAAACAAGCAAAAGCUCACGUUGCCAAAGAAUCUGCACACAAAUUUAAUCCGACAACAAAUAUCGAAUCCCUCCAAGCCAACAUCAAAGAAACUCAGUUUAGUGUUCAAUGGUUUAGUCAAUUCACAAUGGUCUUAAAUGCUUUAGAUAAUUUGGAGGCUCGUCGACACGUCAAUGCUAUGUGCUUAGCCGCUGAUAUACCUCUUGUUGAAUCUGGAACAGAAGGGUAUUUUGGACAAACCUACAUCAUUAAGAAGGGUGUAACAGAAUGUUUUGACUGUCAAGAGAAGCCAUCCAAAAAGACAUAUCCUGUAUGUACUAUUAGAAGUACGCCCAGUGAGCCUAUCCAUUGCAUUGUUUGGGCAAAAAGUUUCCUGUUCAGUGAAUUAUUCGGCAAUUCAGAAGACGAGGAAGCUCUUGAACCAGAUAGCUCUUCUGAAAUGGCUACAGAAAUUGCUGCUUUAAAAAGAGAAACUGAGGAAUUAAAAGCUAUAAAGGAGGCAGCUGGAUCACCCGACUAUACCAAAAAAAUCUUUACCAAAGUAUUCGAAAGUGAUAUUGAAAGACUGCUGUCGAUGGAAUCCAUGUGGGAGAAGCGUAAAAAACCAACUGCCUUGAACUACGAUGCAUUGGAUCAGAUGGAUCUCUCAGAUGUGGCCAAGGGAAAUCGUGAUGCUAGAAAAGUGUGGGAUUUAAAGGAAAACUUUGACAUGUUUAAAGAAAGUGCUACAAAAUUAGCAGCACGAUUAUUGAAGGAAAAGGAAGCUCAGAGUGAUGCUAUUUUAACUUUCGAUAAAGACGAUGCUGAUGCUAUGGACUUUGUCACUGCAGCCUCUAACCUGAGAGCUUAUGUGUUCGAUAUUGGAAAGAAAAGCUUGUUUGACGUCAAAUCCAUAGCAGGUAAUAUUAUUCCAGCUAUUGCUACCACGAAUGCUAUUAUUGCAGGCUUGGUAAUCUUGAAAGCACUUGGUAUCUUGCGGGGUGAAUUGAAAGAAAACUCAAGGGUUCAUCUCCAUACUGGAUCUCGUCUUCUUUCAGAUCCUAAUAACGGUCCUAAUCCUAAUUGCAAUGUCUGUAAAUCAAGAAGAGGAACUGUUAACGUGGACUUCGAAAAGGCUACCUUAAAUCAUUUGAUAGAAAAGGUCAUAUUACUUUCAAUCGAAGAAGGUGGAGCAGGCAUGGAUAGAGAUGAUAUUGGUAUCUUGGACGGAAACAGAAUGAUUUAUGAUGUCGACUUCCAGGAUAUGGCUGAUACACCAUUGUCCAAUGUAGGAUUAAAAGCUGGUACCAUUUUACGUAUCACAAACGAUGAUGGAGACGAAAUUGAUUUAAAUUUGGAUGCAAUAGAUCCCGCUCAUCACGAAGAUACAGUUAUACUGGUUAGACCUAUUAGUAAGCCUGUUUCUAGAGUGCCUAUGAAGCGUAAACUGGAAGAAGAAGAGGAAGAAAAUAACGAAGCGAACAAGAAAACAAAAACUAUUCACACUGUAGUGGAUGAUGUAAUCCAUUUGGACGAAGAUGAAGAUGAUGAUGAUAUAUUAUUGUUGGAUUAAUGUGAGUCUAAAUAUUCACACGAUUUUAAAUCUGCUUGAUCCUGUUUAUUAUUGUUUUAAAAAGGAUUCCAAUAAAUUUUUGAAAAAAAUUCCU